AAAAAUGGAGGAUGAUUGUUUUGAAAAGUACAGAUUGUCAACAGAAACAAUAGAGAAGCUCAAGGACAUUAGAGAGACAUUGAGAGAUGACGCACAAUCCUCAAACAGAGUCUGGAGAGAACUAUUCCACGUUGAGCAUGACAGUGACGAUACGAGUCCUAUUCAAGAUGUCUCCAUGGAUAUCGUCGAGGAAUCCUCCCAGAAGUCUUCACUACCUGGUAAUGAUGCGGAGCUGUCGUCCACUCCUUUCUACUUCACACAAGCCAAACCCCAAGAGACUCCUCUUUCUCCCUUGGCAGAAUCGACGAGGUCAGUCUCAGACAUCGUCAAGUCGCUGUCUGGAAAAUUGGAGACAAGAUGUUUGGAUGUUGAAGACAUUAAAGAGUUGACCGACGCUAAUGCUGUCGAGAUUGUCGAGAAUUUGGGAAAAAAACUGAGCCCUAAGGGGGUUUACAAUUUAUGCUGUUCAGUUUGUGAUAUGGAGACAGUUUUGGGAGCUUAUUAUGCCAGGAUUGUCUGCUCGAACCUGUUGUUCCAGAAGAUAGUUCAACUGGAAAAAAAUUCUAAUCGCAUUGAGACGUCUAUAGUAACGAAAAUAGCGGAGAAAUUCCCUGACGAUGUCAAGGAAUUUCUUCUAGUUCCCUUGUUAAACACAAAUUUGAACAACGUAAAGGUGAUAUCAACGCUGAUUAAAAAUUAUCCUCCAUCCAUCAAGAAAGAACUCAUAUCUGACUUCGUGGAAAAAGUGAAGGAGCUCAAGCCCUGGCACAUGACAGUCCUACAGUGCCUGAUCAACAAUAAAUUACAUAACGAGGUGAAUACUGGGAUCCUGGCAUUGUUAGCUGACAAAGCUCUGUCUUAUGCAGAUGACAAGACCUACAGCCAGUGUAUACUAUCAUUCUUGAAGACACAAUCACCCUUCACAGACGACCAGAGAAAUAUGUUGCAUGAGAUAAUAAUUGUACAUAAAACGGUUUUCAAAAAACCCAUGAAAAAUAUUUUUGAUCAAAUGUUUCGUCAUCGAGAUCUGUGGCACGUGUCGUAAACUGAAUAAAUAAAUAAUUUAUUUAUACAAGUUUUAUUUCGAUUUU